UAUUCCUUCGCGCUCUGUUCUCACCUUAUCACACUCUCAAAAAACAACCUGUCAUUUGCAAAAUGAAAACCUUAACAAUCUUCUUUCUUUUGGCUCUUUUGCUUGUUUCAUGUUCACUAUCCACAGAAACCCGACCCGACCCAAAAACGUCCACAAAAGGAAAACCCAUCAACCAGAACAACAAAGCUAGCGGGAAUGACGGUGGGGUCUUUGGAUCCGGAUCCGGGUUCGGUAUACCCGGGUUUGAUUAUGGUUGGGGUAACGUUGGCGGUGGGUAUGGAGGCGGGUUUGGUGGUCCAAAGGGAGGGAGCUCUAAAGGUGGCGUUAUAAAGCCCAGCGUGGUGUGCAAAGAGAAAGGACCGUGUUAUAAGAAGAAGCUGACAUGUCCUGCCAAGUGUUUCACCUCCUAUAGCCGGUCAGGGAAGGGUUAUGGAGGAGGAGGAGGAGGUGGUGGGUGCACCAUAGACUGUAAGAAGAAGUGUGUUGCUUAUUGCUAAGAGGAAGCUGAAGAAGAAACGGAUUAUGGCAUGGCAGCCAGUAGCUAGUAAUAUUUCUAUUAUUAUUAGUGAUCAAGUAUGUAACCAUGGCGUGUUAUGUUGAAUAUACUUAUAUUAAAUAACAUGGAGUGAAUAUAUAUAUGGGUUUAUGAGACGUAAGAUUUUGCUUGAUCCUCCCUUUCUUUGGAUGGAUUUAGUCCAUGAGCGCUGGUGGUGUCUUCUGUAUCAGUUUAAAUGGAAGGCAUGGAUUUCUGCACGACUUCCAAAAUUAGCAAAGAUUUUGGUGGUGUCUUGAGUAUCUGUAAUGGGGUCUGUUUAUUUAAUGAAACGCAUAAGUUUCUGCA